CAACUCUGUUUGCAGAAAGCACUACUCAAAGUGAUUCCGACUGACAUUCGUAGAUAAGAAACGAUCAUUACAUGACACUCAUACUUAGGUUCCAAAAAGUUCAAAUCAAAUCUAAUAAUAAUUGAGCACGAUACCAUACAUCUUCGCAUACUCGAGCGUGCUACUAGGCUUGACACAGUAGGAGUAAGAGGGCUACAAUAGUAGGUCUGGUAGCAUGAAGGAUGGUAGGAUCGUUCUCGCGACGCGGUCGUUCGGCUGGGCUUGAUUGCGGAUUUCUCGCUGCACAGCCUUGUUUCGGACCCUAGGCAACUCCCACGUAUAAAAUCUGACACCUCAAAUCGUAAGCUCGUUCUCUAGAAUCCCAACCAUGCAGGCAAUCUUGGACAGAGUAGACAACCUCACGAAACGCGACGUCAACUCCUUAAGAGCUUUCAUGCUACAUGAUCCAAAGCGCGCUUGGCUGGAACACAAAAGACGUCUGGUGCGUAAGACGGGCGUCAACAUCUUGGCUAAGUUAUGGAUCCGGUCAGAACGGCUGAGGAAGCUCAAAGCACUGUAUCUCAAAAGAGCUCUCUCACCAACAGCUAAAAUGUACAAGCGGGAUCUUGCUAGAGGACAAAUCCGAUUGCUUCACAUCAAGCCAGGCAAUUCGUUGAGUACAAUUGAGUGUGCAUUUACGUUUAUGGAUUUACCAAAGAACGGAGAUUAUGUAGCUCUUUCCUACACCUGGGGUACAGCAGUCCCCUCAAUCCCCAUCAUGGUCAACGGAACCGUCACAAUGGUCACCGAUAAUCUUUACAUGGCGUUGCUGCACCUCCGCAAAGGCAAGGUGCCAAGAGUCUGGGUCGAUGCCCUCUGCAUCAAUCAGAACAACAUGACUGAACGAUCAACUCAAGUUAGCCAGAUGGCUGAAGUAUAUCGAGGCGCAAGUAUGGUUUAUGUCUGGUUAGGAGAGAGUAACGAAAUGACCAGGCGGGCCUUCGAAGAGCUCUACAAAAUGACUCAGCAUGUCGGAUGGGACAACAAAAUCCCAGCUGCAUAUUUCGAUACUAAUCAGGCGCAUCCAGAGUGGGUAUCGAUGUGCGAGCUCCUUUAUCGUCCAUGGUUUCGCCGCGUAUGGAUCAUCCAAGAGAUACUCUCUGCCCGGCACGCUUUGUUUGUCUGUGGUGCAGACUUUCUUGAAGCGAACACCUUCCUGACAAUCAUCAAUUCGAUGCUUGAGGCGAAAGUACUUUCGAAAAUUUUGUCGUUUCAUGCGAACAAAUCGGAGUUGGUGAAUGGCACGAAGACAACUACUUCUCGACAGCUUGAAUUCAUUGUACAAGCUCGGAACAGAUCAGUCAACCCACUGACGAUGAUGGAUUUUAGAGGUAGUCUUCUGGAUUAUCUGUCGCAGACACGAUGGGCCGAGGCUACCAAUCCGCGGGACAAAAUCUAUGGCAUACUGAGUCUCGCCAAGGAUGCUUCGAACUUAGGCUGGUAUGAGGAAAACAGGCCAUCUCGACGACUUCGAAGCCAUCGGGUUGAUCACAAACCAUGGGCGUGGGUACCUUUUACUGUGGAUUACGCCGUGUCUCCCGUGCGAGUCUUCACCAAUGUCACCAGGGCUAUCAUAUAUAAGACAAAGUCUAUCGAAGUCUUGAAAUUUGUCGACAAUGGGACGGCUCGAUUGACCGAGCUACCGUCUUGGGUGCCGAACUGGGGUGAUAGCUCACCUCCGCGUACUUACCAUAUACCGUUCGACUACGAGCGACAACCACGAAGCUCAGAAGGUCCAAAAGUGUGGCGCCCCAGCAAACGAAACGACUUUAGUAAUGCCAGACUCGAUCGUACAAGGAGAAUGAUCAGUAACUGCAUCACUGAACAUUGUUCAGCUGUGUUUUCCUUUGGACCAGACGACACGUUGACACUCAAGGGACUUGAGUUCGAUAAGAUUACUGCUCUUUCCACUGACAUCCAUCCACCAGUCAUCGACCUCUCCAAGGAGCCCAAUAUCGGAGAGUUGUGUGCUAUCAAAGACUACUUUCUACGUCUAAAGCAGUGGAUCGAGCAGUGUGUGCAACUAUGUGAAUGCCAUGAGCCAUUUCCCACACUCGAAGAGACGUGGACGGUGUUCAAGGAAGUGUUGUACGAAGGAAAAGUAGAAGAAGGGGUUAAGCCCGUACCUGGAGGUUUCGAUGAUCUCCUCACAGAUUUGACAAAGGCCAUUGAUGCACUGGCCAUAGAAAUUAGAGUCCAUCAGCUUGGAGACGACGAGCCACUUCUAGAUGUCCUGAGGACUACUGCCAAUGUCCAAUAUGAAGCAGGGCUGCUUUUCCAGCGGCUCCCGUCAGCAAGCUUAUUUUCUUCGGAUCGGAGGCUUGCCAUUACAGCGAAAAAACGUAUGGGUCUGGUUCCGAAAGAUUCGAAUGUUGGUGAUGCCGUUUGUGUCAUGUACGGGUCUGAGCUACCGUUCAUCCUGCGUUACUGUGGGAGAAGGAAAUUCAAAUUCAUCGGUUGUGGUAAAUUCGAGGGCUUCGACUUCGACGAUGCUGUUAUAGACAGGACGUACACACUGCGUAGCUGGGAAGACCCUGACUGCGAAGACGGGAUAGUAAUGUGGGUCACGGCAAAACGCAGAGUGUGCAUAGUGUUAAAGAGGGCAUCCACAUUCUGUCUUGUGUGAUCACUGGCUGGAGGGGAGAGCGGAUUGGACCUGUGAACAAUUCCUGCCACUGUUAGUUGGUAGGCGUAAAAUCGGGCGAAGCUGCGCACUGCAAAAACAAGCAUGU